GGGCUGCGAGAAAGGGGUUUCGGUCAUAGGAUUGGUUCUUUGGAUGCUGGAGGACUGGAGGACUGGAGGACUGGAGACUGGAGUCAAUACUAGGGGGGGAAAAGGAAUUUACCAACGACAGUCGUUGCGACACAGACUCCAUGGCUGCGGCAUACAAAAGCUCGACGAGGCGCCGUCGGAUUCGAGACGUCGGGAUGAAGCAGGCAGCCAGCAAGGUCCAUUGGAGCCAACGCAACGCCCUCUAUCGACAAGUAUACAAAAGCCUGCCCUCGUUCACGGCCUCGACAUCAUAUCAGCUCGUCGUUUCCGACACCGACAGCAAGACCUGGCCAGCCCUUGAGUCAACAGCACUACAGCCUCCGCCUCGGGUCAAGAUGCCUCCCAGCGUGAACUAUGUUCGACCGACCCGUCCGGAAGACUGGGAGCCGUACCGCGGCAUCAUCGAGGAGCUUUACAAGACGCAGAAGCUCAAGGACGUCAUGGACACGAUGGAGAGGGUCUACUUUUUCAAGGCAACCACGCGCCAGUACAAGACCAAGAUCAAGGAGUGGGGCCUCGACGACAAGUACAUCAAGACCAACGAGUACAUUGGCAUCCUCAAGGAGAAGCGGAGGCUGGAGCGCGACGACCCGGGCCGCAGCUACGAGUUUUAUCUCCGCGGCAAGCACGUCGAGGCCUCUUCCAUCCUCCGCUUCGAGAGCCGGGCCACCAAGAGGGGCUUGAUACAAGCCGGCGAGAGUCUAGCUGAUAGGGAGUCUCUAGGAAGUGAGCUGCAGUACUUUCCUUCCGACGAGGCUUACGCAGAAGAGGGCGAAUACGACGACUACUACGGUUAUGACGCUGGCCAGUCACAAUACUCGUCAUAUGGGUAUUCCUGAUGACGUUGGCUAGAAGGGUUGCUGACUUUUUUUUGUUCCUUAUUUCUUGGCCCUUUUGAUAUUAGACCGGUCACCUAGCUGAGGAUGGGUUUGAAAUGUUCCAACUUCUGAGGUGGAUCAGGAGUCUGUGUUAUUAUCUCUGUAUUUUCAUCUUUACAGCCUUGCCCGUACACACUGGGAG